CACCGCUCCAGCCUCCAUUCGGCCGCCCACAUACCACUUUCUGAUUCCCUCGUUUUGCGCACAUCUCCAUCGUCACCAUGAAGUCCAUCAUGCUCAUCUGCGUCUCGGCCGCUGCCUUCCUCGCUGUUGCUCGCGCUGCCCCCUUCUUUGAUCUUUCCCAGCUUGAUUCGCACGGCUCCAGCUGUGCCUGGCCUGGCCACUGCGAGGGUGCCUCGUGCAACAACUACAACGACUGCUCUGGUGAGCUGAUUUGCUCCAAGGGCAAGUGUGCCAAGAAGGAUGACUACUGCUCCUGGAAGGGCCACUGCGAGGGUACUUCUUGCAGCAGCGAGCACGACUGCUCCGACGAUCUUGUUUGCUCCAAGGGCAAGUGCGCCAAGCCUUCCUGGAAGUCCUCUGCUGCCGUCGAGGGCUCGACCUCUGACGAUAGCUGUGGGAACAACAUUCCCCGUCUCCACCUAUACCGAGUGUACCUACCUCCGUGCUGAGCUCAAGAAGCUGUUCUGCCAGGAUGGUGGCUCCGAUCAUGCCGUCGCCUGCAUGAACGCCGUCGACCACUCCGCCGACCAGUGUGUCAAGGCCGUCGACGACCACAAGACCUUCUGCUUUGCCCGGCGUUAUUAGGCACUCCAGCACGAGACUGAACUGAACUGAGCUCGCCCGACUCUGUUUGGUUGCGGCCGGCUUCUUCACCCUUCCCCAUUUUUGUACAUUAGUCUCGCUGCACACAGCCGCAGCGGCCUGUCCAC